AUGAAAAAGGAAACAAGAAAAGUUACGACUGAGGCAGAUAAGAAAGAUCCAGGAGAUCAAAUUAAGCGAAAGGUCCAACAAGAUGAAGCGGGGACAACCAAUACAGCAAAGAAGCGUAAACUUCUUGAGCAUGUGAGCGGUGACAAGGGGCAGGCAUCUUCCUGGUUGGACACUGGUAAAGACUGCAGCAUAGAGAUUUCAGAGAGCUGCAGUAAAAACAAAAAGGCUGGCAAAAGGAAAGCUGCGGGAGACACCAGGGACCCACCUAAGAAAAAGAACGUGGACCAGGACAAAACCAAAACCGUUGCCAAAAAGUCAGUGGCUGAACAGAAACGUGACUUCCAAGCGAGAUACGUGGAGGAGCACCGGCUUGGAGAAGGAGGAUGUGGAGCAGUGUUUUCUGGCUACCGCAUAAAGGAUCAUUUACCAGUGGCCAUCAAACACAUCCCAAAGGGGAAAGUGUACUGCAAAGUGAAGGAUGAUAACGGGAAGAAUGUGUCAGUGGAAGUUGCCAUCAUGCUGAAGCUUGCAGCUGAAGCAGAUGGAUCAGUGGAAACAUCAGCCCCAGUGUCUCUGUUGGAGUGGUUUGACUUUGGCAGAGAGCUGAUCCUGGUGAUGGAGAGACCUGUCCCCGCUGUGGACCUGGAUAAAUACAUAGAAGAAAAUGGAGGAUUUUUGCCAGAGGACAAGGCCAAGGUCAUUCUGAAGCAGCUGGUUGAUGCUGCGAAGCACCUGGAGGAUAAACACAUCUUUCACCGGGACAUCAAGAGUGAGAACAUUCUAAUUGAGACCGGCUCAGAUGUACCGCGUGUUCGUAUCAUCGACUUUGGACUGAGCUGCUUUGUUAAGGAGCAGUCGCAGUACCGCGUCUUCUAUGGUACAGAAAUUUACUCCCCUCCCGAGUGGUACGGGCGCAGUUGCUACAGGUGUGGACCCACCACGGUAUGGCAAAUGGGAGUGGUUCUGUACGAAGCGCUUCAUGCCGGGGACUUUAACACCACGAGCUUCCUCAAAAAGCGCCUGAAAUUCAAAAGACAUCUGUCCAAAAACUGCCGGGAUUUCUUGGACGCCUGUUUAACCAAAGUCCCGGAGACGCGGCCGACGCUGGAGGAGCUACAGCAUCACACUUGGCUGAGAUAAGCCUAUCACACACACACACACACAAACACACACAAUUCAGACGUUAUCAUUUAUGUGUGAUGUAUGAAUUACCUUUCUUUUUUUCAGGAAAUAAUUUUUUUUAAUUGGCCCACUUUAAAUUUCAGUGUUUUGGAAUUCCUGUAAC